AUGGACCCACCACAAGGUCCCGCUGCCCGGGCCGACCGCGUAGAUAUUGACCCCACCCUAAUGGAGAAAUACCCCACCCUCAGCAAGGAAGAUAUCAAAAUCUACAUCAUGGGCGGCCGUGCCAAAGGCAAGAUAAUCCCGAAAGCCCAGGUCCUAGUGUACUAUCCGAAUACCCAAAACCCGUAUAGCUGGUGGGUACUAUCGACAAAGCCCAUCGACGGUCUCAAGCAAUUGGCUAAGGCUGUGAAAGAGUUGGAUAUUAUUCCUUUGGCAGCCCAGAAGAAGAAUGAUGAUGAAUAG